GUGUAACCGCGCACACGGACACAUCUCAGCUCCCUCCGUCAGCCCCACCGUCGUCUUUGCUUGCGUCCGAGGAUCUCUGACUGCAAACAUAGCUUUUCCUUCCACAUAUCGACAGUUUUCAUGAUUGGAGACGCUGGUUUUAUCUCGUUUGUCUCAGCGCGGAUGAGCAGAUUAACAGAUCCUCACCUGCGCGCUGCGUGUCGGCAUCACGGGGCGAACCGCUUCACCUGAUUUGCACCAGGACAUCGUUUGCAUGAAACUGUGGCCAGAUAAAAGCAGUGGAUGCAACUACGCUCCGUUUCUAAAAGGAAGUUGGAAGGCUGGGAGAGGUUGUGAAGGAGAACGGCUCCAGACGGACAGUCGCGCCUCGGCUACAGUUCCCUCGGAGCCCGGCCUGAAACCAACCAUGUCCCUCAGCAGCUUCCACCUCGUCCAGACCCUCAAGAACUCUCCGGCUGCCUUCCGGCGCCGCUUCCGCCGCGACCGAACGGAGUCGCUCUCCCACGGCGACCCUCUGUUCAAAGUCCACUACCUCGGCACGGAGAAGAUCUUCUCCCUGGACCGCGAGCAGGCCCAGGACGCUAUAACGCACCUGCUGGACGGCAUCGCCAACGGGAAGAAGCUCGGCAAGGAUCACGCCCUGGUGGUGCGGCCGAGGUACGUGGAGGUCAAGGAGCUGAGCACGGGGCGGCAGCUCACCAAGACGUACCUGCAGGACAUCGCGUACUGCGCCGCCGACGCCAGCAGGCCCAACGUCUUCCUGUACAUCUGCAAGCAUCACGGGCAGCAGCUGCAGUGCCGGGUGUUCUGGUGCAGCCGGGCGGAGCGGGCGCGGGACAUGACGGCCUGCUUGGCGCGUUCUUUCCAGCGCGCCCUGAACGACUGGCAGCAGGACGGCUCGGCCACGCUGACGCCGGGGGAGGGGAAGGGGAGCCGCGUCGACGAGUCGUCCCACGCUCCCGCCAUCGCAAAGAGCUCCACGCUGCCGGCCAGUUUGGGAAAAGUCCGCUGGAAGAGGAGAGGCUCCACAUCCCGCAGCCCCCUCAGAGCCAUCACCAGAAGAGGAUCUGGCUCCGACGGCUGGAACUGAACUGUAACCGCCACGGGUCCCCGCUAAAACCCCACGACGGCUUCAAGUGUGACCGCGCUGCCAGAAAUAAGGGAAGGAAGGACCGACUACGAGACUUGAGGAAGAACAAAAAGGGAAUCAGACUGCCGAGCCUUCACUCGGACACAUGGUUGCAUGUGAGACACUCGUAGUCGGUGGAUGUUUGGUGCAGCACGAGCGCCGUUGCUGAUGCUGACGACGAUGCUGGCCUGUGGCCAAGUGAUCCACCAGCAAAACUGGAAAAAGACUAUGCGAGUCCGGAUUGUCUGUUUUUAUUGUUUUUAAGGUUUAUUUAACUGACAUUUCUGUGACGGGUCAUGGUUUUAAACCCUGUGGCAUUAGCAGGUUUGGUUGUUCUCUUCUUUGGUAUUAGAUGAACAAACUCCAGAUGAAGAAGAGAAAUGCACAAACAGUAAAGUGAAGUUAAAACUUCCAACUCUGCCAUGUUCAUAAAUGCAGUUACUUGUAACGGGCUAUUUUUGAGCACUUUGGAACCUGUCUGUUUUUUAUUUAUUUAUUUUUUCCUCCAAAUUACCCUACUCAGAGUUUUAUCAGCUUAUGGGAAUUGUAGUUUUUGACAUGUAUGACAGGUCUGGAACCUGCAUCGUAACUGAAUCCUCCCCAAAACCAAAAAAAAAAAAGGAUCUGCAUGGUCCAGUGGUAACUAAUUUGCAUCUAUGUGGCAAAACCCCCGGAGUUUGUUUAUGUCCGCGCACUGGGAACACUGUGUUCCCGUGCGGAGCCUCUGCGAGGAAUGCGUGGCCGCGCACCUGCGUCCUCAACGGCGGGACCAGGAUUCGUCUUUGAAGCCUCAAAUUCUUCAUGUCCAGCCGUGACCUCGCAUAGCGAGCAGCACCCCCCCCUCAUUGAAUACUGACUGUGCUUUUAUUAAUGCAUGGAUUUUACAUUUUGUCCCAAUCAGAGCCAUAAAAGGUGCUCUUAACUAUUACAGCAUGUUUUUAAGUCACUGACGUGUCCUGAACUGCUCAAUACGCCAUCAAGGGAGCGAUUUUUAGAGCCAAGUUUACAAAUGAGAUUUAAAGGUUAGUAGUGCACCUUGAAACUACAGUUCACCUUUUCAUUUUUGUGUUUUCUGACCGAAGCUAAGCUAAACGUGUUGCCUUGUUUUUUGUUU